GGGCAUGCGACGCAAACAGAGACCUUAAUAGGGAAAUGUCUAUGCAGUAUUAACGUUUCUCUCGUUUGAAAUUGACGUGAUUAUGUCGGAAAUUAAAGAUGAUCCGCGACAAGUUCUCGUUCUUCUCAAUUCAUUAGGAUUCGUCGGCAUCACUGCGAUUCAACUCAAAGCUUUUAUGAAAGACUUGAAGAUAUACAGAAAGGUAAAAGAACGCGAGAAGCAGCAACGGAAAGAAGAGAUUAAAACGAAAAUAAUUAACAAGCAACAGGCUCUACUAAAAGAAGCUUAUAAACAUUCCUCGAGUAAUAUCAUUUCUUCGGAAUCUUCAAAUUCCCUCGGCGAUGAGUCAGUGGUAAAAGUUAAAAUAAGAUGUAUUCCCAAAGAAGAGGAGAAAAGUGUGGAAAAAGCAAAACAUUGCAAAACAACUAUGAUAAAAUCAGAUGAGAAAUUGUCCAAGUACGACAAGGAAAAUGCCAUUCAAGUAGACGAAACUUAUUUUAAUGCCAAACCUUAUCCAGUUAUCAAAGAUUCGAGAGAUGAAAGCAAACAAAAUCUUUCCAAAUGUCUGAUGAGAAAUGACGCUUCGGCAGAAACGUGUAAACAAAAUUUAAGAAUUGAGAGAGUCCAUCCAGCGAGUGCGCCUGUUUUAUCGAAUCGUAUAAGUAGAUCGGAAUCGAAGAGCGUUACAACAGAUCCGAGUGGAAACGUGCGCGCGCAAAGUACCUUAUCAGCAAGAUCAUCCGUUAAUUUUGCGCACAAGUCGUUUAUUCGGCCAUGGAGAUUACAGUCGGAGGCACAAAGAAAUAUUGCCAGCAGGAAAUGUGAUCCUGUUGCUCUUUACCAAAAGUACCAACGGGAGUGGAAGCAGAUAUCUCUCCCUGGAGAAGCAAAGCAUUCGAAAGUAAGAUGGGCUGUGCGGGAAAAGAUGCUUGGUACAGAUCCACAUCCAGUGCCACUUUCAAGAAAAGCGACGACACUCGUGCCGAUAUUGAAGAAGAAGUGACCACGAACUGUCUUUGAGAAAUAACGGAAAAGUAAUUGGAUAAAUAAUAUGAGACGAUAAUUAUUUUACUUGAAUAUUUUUUAAAUGAUUCUGAUAUUAAAGAAAUGUACAUAGAAAUACAAGCGAUGCAAUCAUUGUUGAUUAAC